AUGCAAGCUCCCGAAUAGGUUCGAAUCUUGUACUUACCAGUACUAGUUGUAGUACUCGAACGUACUAGAAAGAGAAAGUUGAGAAGAUGAUCGCGCUCUCUCCCAAUACCAGAGGUGGCAUCCACCGCGAUGCAACGAGGGUGCAUGCGUCUGCGGUUGUUAUGGAUGAAAUAUCCUCGAAGUCUCAAAAUGAGCAAGUAUUAGGUUUAGACUUAAUGUCAAAGUCCUGUGAUUUCUAAUUUCAUAAAAAUUUUGUUUUUAGUAGUUUUUACGGCUCCACCUCCACUGGAAUCAAUUUCCUAGUCUUUUGUUUUUUCCUAGUUUUUAGGGCUCCACCUCCACUGGAAUCAAUUUUAGGAAAUGGGAGAUGCAUAGCGCUAAGUUCGUAAUCGUAGGUCUCUUUUUAGAUCACGUUUUUACUCGCUUUCUUGAUUUCUUUCGGUGAGAUGUGAAGCCGCUAAUCUACGCCACGCUGACGAAAUCGAGAAGCUUCUUACGCAAAUCGUCAGAGAAUUUCCCAAGAUCGGGUACACGCAGGGAAUGAAUGACGUAAGCUGUUACUUUACGAUGAUGAAGAUGUACUAGAUCUCUACUAGCUACUGCUAAUGCUACUACGUACUACUCUAUGAUGAUGACUACUACCACUACUACUACGUACCCAGCAGAGGGCAGUGUUAGGUUAGAAGUCUCCAGGUAACAGGAUCCACGUUCGCCUUGAUAUGAAAUUGAUAUAAUUCGCAUCAUCAUCAUCAUCACCAUGACCAUCAUCAUCAUCACCACCAUCAUGGUCAUCUUGUUCCUUUGAUGUGACUGGGGUCACCCUUCCGGCGGUUUUGGCACACAAAAAAUACAAUGCUCAGGUAGCAGGGUCCCUGAUUUUGAAUUCUGCGAGAACGGGUCUUGGGCUCGCGGAAACGACACCGCUAGAAGACUUUCGUAGCCUUCUGCGUACUUGUGGCGGCUUUUGGAGUGAAGGGGUAUGGUUGGAUGAUGAUUCACAAGUUGUUGAAUAUGUAGUAAGCUUGUACAGUAUGUAUCCAAGAUAUAAAUAAGAUGUUGGGUGUGGAAGGAUGGAUAUCAAUAAGAAUAAGCUGAAGCUUACAAUGUAAGUAAUGAUAAUCGGGUGUAGUUGAAUGUGUUGAAUAAGCCCCCUACGCACAGUAUGUAUGAUUGGCUUUUGAAACAAGUAGAAAUUGAAAUCGACUCAGCGGUUCAAAACGUGACACGAGCAAGGAAUUCCUGUUUGCUCACGCUUCCACUUUGACUUGCACUUGUUUGAUUUAAUCGAAUUGAUUUUUCGUACUAAUAUGGCUUCUUAGGACUUUUUAGGUAGUUGAGUAAGGACUACAAAACGAAGCGAACGCAUGGGCUCUGUUUUAUUUGAGAACCACAACCACUACCUACUUAGUAGGGUCUGUGGUUAAGUAAUUAGCUAGCUACUACCUACUAUUAGCGGCCACUAACGAACUACUUAGUUGGGUUAUGGUUAACUACUACUACGUACUACUACACAGGCAACACCUCCUCCAUCAUGCUUCACAUCUGAUGCCGCUGAUGCAUGAGGGUGUUAUGCAUCUGUCGACGAUGAUAGAGGCACACUUGCCGGACUUAGCUCAGCUUAAGGCUACAAGAAGUCCAUCUUCACAGAUCUUGGCCCCGUUUUUCAAGGGAAAAGGGGACGGAAGAUGCUGGCGAAGAUGGAUUUCUCCCAGUUCUAAGCAACACUGGAAGCGACACGAGGUUCAAUUAAUGACGAUCGUGCCUAGUGGAUUACUGACGCUUUUUUCCCAGUGGUUCGGACCGGAUCACACAGUACGAAGCGGGCUCGUCAACUUUGUACUUAAGACCCGUUAAGAACUUUGUCCGUAAGACUCGUAAACUUGGUGCUUAAGACAACUCGUAGACUUUGCGCUUAGAGCUUGUUUUUACCCAAAUUACCUCAGGAAUCCAUGGACUUUUGGUAAGCUCUAACGUAUUCAGGCAGAAAUACGCUGGCGCACUUGCAUUGGUGCUCGCAACUUUUGAAGUUAUGGCUAGUAAAAACGAGAAGCCUGAUGCCGAUCCACUUUGAUGUUCUCUCAAAAGAUGAUAACAAAACUCCAAGCAACACUGUGUAAUUAAAAGGAACAUACAAUAGAUUGGUUUGAGAAUAGAUGAAAGCCAGCACCUUCUGCGGCAGCAAGUUUAUUUCGACCCAAGUUGGGUCUGUGGACGAAUAGCUAGUGCUUCCAACAAAAGCCUGCGUAAAAACGGCAUCCUAGAGAGGGACUUCGAGGAUACCUGUGUCUGGUUUCACCGCGAUAUGGCGAGUCGCUUGGUCUAUUCCCCAGAGCACCACAACUUCGUUGAUGCUUAUGGCUAAGCUUAACAUUUUCUUCUCAGUUUGUCCUUGUAAUCUUGUUGGUUCUGUUGACCAUAUAUAAGGAAGAUAGCCAUUAAAUAACCGGUUAAUUUUUCCGUCGUAUCCUAGCCUAGGUAGGUCCCACCAGGCCAUCUACAUGGAAGAUAGCCAUCUUGUUUCAUUUUCAGUCCUGCUUCCUUACACUCCGCACCAAACGCGCCUUCGCGACGCCAUGUAAAAGACAACUUCUAGGACAACUACUUAUAAUUGCUUUAUAAGUAUAUCAGAACACAUUGACACACUGCGGGAACUGUUUUGUCCCGCCAUUAGGCUAGUAGACCUAGUUGGGACGCGAUGACGAUGAUGCACAUGCAUCAUAAUUAAAACACCACUUGGGGAUGGCGUUGCUCCUCUAAUUUUACGUCGUUCGGGAUGCUGAGAGCAAGUGGCUGCAGAUAGUAUUAAGGCUUCGCUGAAUUCAUCUUGAUAGGCAUCUUGGAAGCAUUUUCCCAGUGGGCCCACACCUAACCUAACCUAGCGUUUGGUAAGGGAAAAUGGCAACCAAGAUGCUCUUCGGGCUGAAUAUCGGCCACCAGGUCUAAUAGUACAUCGGGAGCUUAGCCUUGGUCAGCCAGAACCGAAUCGAGAACCCAAUACCUCGACCUCACCAAAAUCAUUAUGACUAAUAUGAGUACCAAGUUGGAUGUGAUGCUUAUACCACCUGCUCAAUGAUUUAGUGUUGGCGCUAAAUGCUAGUACAACACUUGUUAGUAGGAUGUUGACUUAGGAGGUGCUAAAUGCUAGUAGGAUGUUGACGUAGAACAUCUCCUCCACUUCAUUGCUCUAACUCAUCUCGGUGUAGAGCGAAGCUUUGCUGGCGUUGGCUUGAAUAAGGGAGACCACGCAGCAAAUCCUAGCGAGUUUGCAGUGACAACCAGCGGUCCCAGUUUAUGGCCACCUGGACAAAUAACCCGUAGUAGACACGUCUGCCAUAGUGGAGCACGAAACUAGAUGAAUCCACGCACUAAGCUAUGCUAUACAAUGACGGCGCGAAGGGUAGUGGAGCACUCACUUCAUUCUCCAUGGUGCGUGUUCAAUUUGCUAGGUAUCUGUUGGAAAUUCUAAAAAUUGGUCUGACGUCAUCUGGUGGGACGAGGGGAUAUAGUGAUCAUAUCUUUGGCACUAGCAGUAGCUCGACGAGCAGAGUGGUGCCCCUCACCGAAAGAAACCUGAGCACCUACAUCGAGAAUAAUAAUCAUUAUGAACGAUGCUGUCUAGUACAUCGAGAAUAGCUUUUCUAUUUGAGCACCCACGUCGAGACUAGCUUUUCUAUUUGCGCACCUACAUCGUCAUAAUCCUGUAUAACUGUUCUACUUCAUCUCAGAGUCAUCUCAGGGACCGUUCUUCUUUUCGUUUGUCCACCGUUCUUUUCUACGUCAUCAAAGCACGACUUCUACUCAUCUAAGUAGCUACCACUUCCACACCUGCAGCAACGAUCACUCAGCCGGAGCCGCCUCCGUCGUUGAGGGAUCACGUUCCUAGGGACGCGGGAGCGCCCGCCUUUUCGUAUGACGGUGGGCAAGGAUUUCUGUUGAGGCCAUCUGAACUCUUAAACUUGUUGUGUCUGGUCGUGCGUGAACAUCUUAGUAAGAAGCAUAGUUUUAUUCAGGGAUUAAGUUACUCAGAAGAAUAGUUACUAAAGCCGUAGAUUCAUUCCCGUAAUUCUCGGCUCUUAUCUCAAGCUUACCAGUUAUUUUUAUCUGAUGAUCUUCAAGAUCAACAGGAAAAGAAAUGCUGUUCCCUCUAAUCAGACCGCCGGGUCGUGGUGGGAGUGACUCAUAUCAUGCUGGUAUGCAGCAAGGCGGAGCAUCGAAUAGUGUUAGCGUAUCGAAGAUUCAAGGGAAUCAAGGUACUUGUGAUUGAAGACUUUUGUAGAACCAGAACACCAAGACGUAGGGAUAGGGUAUUGAUAUGCUUUGAAGCGUGCUAGCUUUUACUUUUAGAAGAUGUAGCAUAUAAACAGGACGAUAAUUUAUGAAUGACAUUAAGCUGGUGCUGGAAAGUACUAAAUGUAUAAUUUUAGAUAUAGAGCAUCAUUUUGCGUGACUGCUCCAUAACUUUGUCGACAACUACCUGAAAGGCUCCAACAGGACAGUCGUAUAAUCCUUAUCCUAGAGGCCUCCACGCCUUGAAAAAAAAACCAUCACCAGCCGCGCCGUCAGAGCAGUCGGAGAGUGUAAAGCAUUACUUGAUUCGCCCAGGAGCUAAGCGGGAUGAGCGAGACAGCCGCUUUUUAGAGCGUCUUUAUUUAAGGCCUGUGAAGGAAAUAGAUAUAGAAUACAUCUGUCUCCAAAGCCAUUUGUGAAAAGAAAUCAAGCUACCUGCAUUGGACCAGGGUAGUCUACAUUUGUAGCUACCUUGUACUACACCCCUCUAAUGUAUUCUGACAAUGGUGCAGGAUCGCCGAGUAUAGGAGAUCGGGCUUCUUCUAUGGGAGGAAGCAAUCUUGUUGCACAGCAGACAACCCCCGGAUUUGCACAACAAACAACUCCCGGAGGCAGCUCUAGUAUCAACAUUAAGGCUUGAGGAAGUCCAUCCUCCGCAGCACUUUGCUGCCGUUUUGCAGGGAAAACGGGCACGAAGAUACUCACCAAGAUGGAUUUUUGCAAGGUCUAACAGCAACAUUCUCGCUAAUGGAGGAAGAGAUGGCGGAGUACCUCUGACUACGACCAUGGGGAUGAGAAGAGCACCAGGCAAUGGUAAUGCCUCGCCUCUUUCUGUUCCUCCUGUUGUAUUAAGGGUAGUUUAUCACUGUCCCACGUGGACUAUACUGUAAGUGAAUUCCCUCCUGAUCUGAAGGGGAAAGUAAAGGUGGAAGAGGGCUCCGCACUCGAGCAGGGAUAGUGAUAAACUACCUCUAAUGGUAGAGCCUCCUGUUGGAGGACCUCCUGUUCCUGUUGGAGCAGCCUCCUCUGGAACACAACAUCAACCUGCAAUUGCACCGCCUUCAGGAUUACGGCUCGAUGCAAUUCAUUUCCAAGGGUCUCUUUCUUCGGUUUUCUUCUUAGGAGAUUCUGAUGAAGAAAUGAAGGCAGGAUUCCGAGAAAUUGCUUUGAGCUCUAACAGGAGGGGAGAGGAACAGAGUCGAGCAACUGGAACAGCAGCUGCGCAAUGUGACGGCCACGAAUGACCACACUGUAUGACAGCAGGAAUGAAGUAUAAAGGCAUUUGCACAACUAUUGACUUCAACUGUCUAGCAGCUAGGUCUAGGUAGCAGCUAGACAGUUGAUUGUAAAUGUAAUGAAUGCUUUUGUCUUUUUCUGUCUUUCUCUGGUCUUUGUUUUUUCUAGCUUUUUAGGUGUGCUCCUCCACAAUUAUUUCAAAUAUCCUUUAGUAGUCAAGUACUAGCAUCAGAUCUGUGUUGUGUCUGUGUACUACUUGUGAUGUUGAUCUUCUUGGUGGAGAUUCUUUCACUUAGUUUUGAUUUUGUGGACUUAUGGUGACCACCCCACUUCAUCGCUCGUGGCAGAACUGGCCAGCACAAAGACGGAACGGAAUAAGUUCAGGGAUGAACGAGAUAAGUCCGAUGCUCGCGUGAAGGAGCUGGAGAGCAAGAUAGCGAGCCAAGAAAAAUUAAGGCCUCUCAACGCCUUCAAGCUUCUAUCCACUAGUGUUUUCAUUUCUCCUUCUUCAUGUUGCUGCUCAUCUUUCCUCUUUCUUUACGAACGACACAUCCACAGAUAUAUUGAAAACGAAAUGAGUAGGUCCUAUAGGGUAUACCUAUAUUACUUCUUCAUUCAUCUACGAAGAGAAAUCAGUAAGAGUAUGUUCACGUGGUUCAGUUCCCACUUCUAGUUCUAAGAGAAAUCAAAGAGUAUUGCAUGCUCAGAUAACUACUGAGUACAACUAAAUAGGUAGCUACCUUGUAGUACAAGGGGUUGCGCUACCAAGAUCGCGUGGGACUAGGUGUAGUACAAGGGGUUGCGCUACCAAGAUCGCAUGGGACUAGGUCAUAUCCGUAUCCCUGGUCUAACUAGGUCCUCGUCAUAUCAUCAUAUCCUUUUCUGUCCUCUAACAUUCGAAAUCAAGGAGUACGCCCAGAUGGUUCAGAAUAGUUACAAUGAAAUCUGCAAAAAAAACGACGACGAGGUGAUGUUCAAGAACCGGAUCCAGUCGUUGGAGAAAGAUUGCGAUUUUGCAGCAGAAGAAGAAGUAGUGAAGGAGGUAAAUAAGUUUAAGAAGCUGAAUGACGUAGAGGCUUUAUUUUGUCCUAGUAAACUACAUUGGUAGAGGUUUAGGCCCAGCGGCGCUCAAAGCACUAAGUAAGACAGCCGGUUAGUUUUCACCUCGACAAUAUUAGACUUAUCCCGUGCAGCACUACAUUGGUAGAGGUUUUUUGUCCUAGGUACUUUGUGCCAGUAAGUAGAACUAAUUGGGACACCAUGACGAUGAAGAGGCGAAUAAGUUUAAGGACGAGGCUAUAAAUAUCUUACAUAUAAUAAUGUCCUCGCUGCAACAGCACACUGUCUGCUUUUAGUGUAAAUCUCGAAGUGAAGGAGGUGAAUAAGUUUAAGAAGCUGAAUGAUGUGGAGGCUUUUUGUUAGAGAGAAUAAGUUUAAGGACGGGGGGGCUGUAAAUAUAUCUUACAUAUGUCCUCGCAACAGCACACUGAUUCGAAGCAUGUUUAGUUCAUCGUUCCUCUCCUCGAAGGUGCACAACUUUUAAGUGCUCUAGUAUCUUCGGAAGGCUACUUGAGACGCCAUGAUGAUGAUGCUCCUCUAAUAACUUCCUGGAUGAGUAUCAUGAGAUUUUUGAGACCUUGGGAGGCUCAGGCGCAGAAGAUAACAUAGGGUUCGAAGACUCCGUUAGGGGUUGGCUGAAAGACGGACGUCAGACACAAUUUGGACGCUUUGUGCGACACUUGAUAUUAUGGCUGUUUGAAGAUAUUAUCACAGAUUGAUCAAGGACUAUAGGGUUAGUAGUACAUUCCAUCUACUUGUCACAGAUUGAUUGGCCGCCGCUCGUUAGAUAGACGGCCGCAUACAGUUGAUUCACAUUUUUCUCCAGUCAAAAACGAGAACUUUAUUUGUCUUAUUAGUUAAAUUAUGUUUCAUUUCCAAGAGGACGAGGAGCAAGAGCAAAAUUCUCACCUUCUAAUGCCGGUUCUGAAUCAAAGAAGGAUACUCCAGCUCUGUGGACUGUGCCUAUCGUUCAAAGCAGAGAAGGAGCACUACGUUAAGAAGUAGAGAUAGGAACACUUACACUACGCUAUGAAGUGGAAGAUGAAGUAGAGCACUAGGCUACGAUCUCUGAAAGAAGUAGUAGAGCGAUAAAGUUGUAGAACACUACGUUACGACUUCUGGAUGACAUGACAGACAAACUGAGAAAGGAGACAGCGAUAUUCUACUUAUGAUACUACAUGAAGUCUAGAAGUAGUACGCGGUAGUACAGUCUAACUCAUAUAAAAAGAAAAUAGUCAUAGCCAUAGACUGGUUAAUUUUUCCCUCAUUUUCUAGGUCUAUCCCACCAAGCAAAAUAGUGAGAGACCAAAACUGUGAAUGCUUCACAGUCCUUAAGAAAUAUCGACUUCCUGCCCCUUCUCAUAGUCGUGAACGCUCGCCUUUUCGAGGCGAGCCAAUUCCUAUCUUCUUCUAUCCUCUCCUAGAAGAGUUUGCUUCUCUAAAUUCUAGAAGAGCUUGCAGACGCAGUUCCAGCGAGUAAAGGACAUGGAAGGAGCGUUGCGCCAAAGCCGAGGUUCGUAAAAGAGUUUUCUCUUUGUCGAGGUCACUUUGCUUAUAGCAUGAAGAUGAAAAAGAAGAAAGAAAAGCUAGACCUGCAUUUCGUCAGAGAUGCUACACCCAGAUUUGAGCCCUAUCUCAGAAGUCUCUAUCUUCCAUGUCAACAACCAGGUGCCGACUAUCUUGAUAGCAGCGGCACAUCUGUGCAGCAAGGCCAAGCGCAACAACACCAAGCCGCAGCGCAACAACACCAAGCCCAAGCGGAACUCGUUAAUCAUUACGGCUUUAUUACGUAGAGACAUAAUAUCAGAUUUAGUAGCUCCAUUCCAAAUCCAACGACAUCGAGGUGUUGUGUCAACAACUUUAGAAAUGAGUGAGAGCAGGUCAUCUACUUUUACUACUAGAUGAUUAGAUGCUCCAGAACACCCACGAAAAAAAUAAGUCCCCUUGAAUAUAAUUUAGAUUUACUUAUGUGUUGGGGCCCCGUUAUAUAAUUAUCGUAGAAAAAUAGGCCCCCUUAUAAUUGAAGGAGAUCAACGAAACCUACUUUUUCCAGUGAAAUAUAUCAGGACAGUUUCUAUCGAAUUACUCAAAAUAUGUCACCUUACAAAGAUCAGGACAGUUAUCUAGCCUUCUCGAAUUAACCUAACCUAACCUUGACAUAACCUAACCUAAUCUUAUCGAAUUACUCCCGCUCACCUCUUCGUUCUAAAAUUGGAUCGAAGUUUUAAAGGCCAGGAUCCAAGAACUAGAGGCUACAAAUGGCGAACUAGGACGCAAUCAGAGUAGCCAAGAGACGGCCAACGCCCAGCUAGCCGAAGAGCUUGCCCGAAUGAAAAGCUACACCUUUUCGCCGACUGCGGCCGCUUCUGUUAUGCUUGUUUGAUGAGAAUUGAUGCAGAUGCUAAAUGAAAACGUAGUGGAUCGUGUUUUCACCAGUGACAUUCAACAACACUAGUGGAUAGUUGUUCAUGGACACUGAGUACUGAAUACUGAUAAUGUUGACAAAUAAAGGGGUAACCAUGUCCGAGAACAGCAAUCUAUCAUCAAAUAAGUAGCUGUCGCCCCUGCUUACAACAAAUAUGUAGUUGCCACUGUUCUAGUACCUCCUAUCCUAUCUUGCUAUCCUAUCCUAUCCAAUCCUAUCAAAGGCACCCGCCGCCCUAUCCCAUCCUCCUGCUUGCUCUAAAAAGAAAAGGAGUCCAGCUGGUGGGCCUGUCGUUUCGUCGUUUGGUGGAGGGCGUAUUUCUCUCUUUGCUGGCGUUGCGGGAACAAGUGGUGGUGGCCCAAUUCAACUCGGGACGAAUCAACCACUAGCACAGUACAGAAGGCCGAUGCCUGGUGGUAGCUUUGCGGGAACCAACAGCUUCGGUCCUCCACAAGCAUAGCUCGUUAGCAGGAUUGUCGCUACACGAACAUUUAGAGAUGACCACUGAGAAUAUAGUCUUCGACAGUACAACCCGCCACAAGUACUACAAGUACUUUUUAUGAUGUUUACAACCGAUGAAGAUCAUCAACAUUUUUAGCAUACAGCGUAGCAUUUUUACGAUUACCAAGCGUUUAUCAAAAGCUGAAAAGUGUAACACUCGCAUUGAGCAUAAAAAUGAAAGAUUAAAUGCAACGAGAAUACGAACUCGAGAAGCUUCGAGCUCGCAUUUCGAAGCCUAAGAAAGUGUAGGCGCCAGCACAAGAACAAACUCCGAGACAUAGAUCAAGAGAGAUAGACCACCUUCAGCGUAGUGCAAUAGAGAUAGACUCUCAUGCUUAUGCGAACAAGGUUCAAGUUAUUUUUACGAUUACGUCCAAGGGCUUCGAAGAUGUUUUUCUUUGUCUUACGAUUGAUUCAGAGAUAUUCGCUAUUUUCAGGCUUACAAUUGCAAACAUACCAUAGGACAUGGUCCUCUAUAGUGAUGUGCUACGAAUGGUUAAAAUAAGUACAUGUAAAUGACUUUUUACCCAUGCUAGUUGUUAACUGAAGAUCACAAUUCCAUACCAUGCAUUUGAUUGCACAGCUACACGAGUGACUCAUCUUGAAGAUUUCAUGUGCAUACUCAUCCUGGCUGAUCAUGUUAUGCUAAAAACUUGGUGACCAACAUUCAUAUAAUCAUGUUAGCAUACCGAAUGCACUUGUAUAACAUCACUUUGUACUAGCGCUAGGGCGUGGGCUUCCACGAGGAUGCAAAACUAAAAAUGCUAGUUGUUGACUAUUCUAGUUAUUCUUCUAUGAGCUGCUUCUUUUCCCAGAGCACUUCUAUGGUCACAUUCCUGGAGCGCCUAUUCGUUGCAAUCUCCCAUCACCGCGACGUCGGCGUCGUCCACAACCAACUACAGCGAGCUUGUUCCUUCUUUUCACAGAGGACUAACAUCAGUAUCCAGUGUGCGCCUCAAAGUAUUCAUAUUCUUC